CCCGCCGGGGCGGGCGGGGGGCGGCCCCGUGGCCGCGCGUGACGCGGUGCCGGAAGCGGCGCUGGGGCCGGCGCCGGUGGCGGCCGCCAUGGAAUUCCCGGACCUGGGCGCCCACUGCUCCUGGCCCGCCUGCCAGCGGCUGGAUUUCCUGCCCCUGAAGUGCGAUGCCUGUGAGCAGAUCUUCUGCACUGACCACAUAACAUACGCCCAGCAUGACUGCACCUCUGCCUACAAGAAGGAUGUGCAGGUCCCCGUGUGUCCCCUCUGCAACACCCCAGUCCCCGUGAGGCGGGGGGAGAUGCCCGAUGUUGUGGUGGGUGAGCACAUUGACCGUGACUGCAAGUCUGACCCUGCACAGCGCAAGCGCAAGAUCUUCACCAACAAGUGUUUGAAGCCUGGCUGCAAGCAGAAGGAGAUGAUGAAGGUGAUCUGUGACCAGUGCCACAAGAACUACUGCCUCAAGCACAGGCACCCUCUGGACCACAACUGCACCGGGGCAGGGCGUCCCCUCUCCACAGCAGGGCAAGCUGCAAUUGCCAGAGCCCAGGCAUCCUCUUCUAAAACAGUCACCGCAUCGAGCAGUGGAGCUGCCCGGCCAGCAGACAGCCCCUCUUCUCCUGCUUCUGCCAGAGGAGGCAGAGCAGCUGUGUCACAGACUCGGAGCACCUCCCCUCCAACUGUCAUGCUGCAGAACGGACUGAGUGAGGAAGAGGCACUGCAGCGAGCUCUGGAGAUGUCCCUGGCAGAGUCAGCACGCAGCUUGGCACAGCCACCCAGCAGCUCACAGGAGGAGGAGGAUCUGGCUCUGGCCCAGGCGUUGUCCGCAAGUGAAGCCGAGUACCAGCAGUCCCGGCGGCAGGCACACGGUUCAAAGCCAUCAAACUGCUGCAUGUCAUAGGCAGGUGAGGCAGGUGGUGCCUGGUGGACAUGGGAUCCCACUUGUGACCUCCAGAGCAGCUCUGGCCUUCCACAUGGAUGCUGUGGGGGCCUGGACACCUCUACCACCACCAAGAGGCCCUCACCAGGGACAACUCAUCUCCCUGGAGGCUGUAACCGAGCCACCAAACACACACUGACACCUCAGCCCUAGUACCUGUAUAAAAUCAGUGCAGCAAAUUGCA